GACACGACAUGAGUGCGAGUGCGGUGACAAAUACAUUUCACAAACCGCAAUUACUCGUUCGUCUUCCUCUUCCCUCUCCACUUUCCAGGGUUUCGCUUCAUCCGAACAACAAGCACAAUGACCACCUCCUCUCUCCCUCGCUUGCUCUCCACGGUACCAAACCCUGCACCUUACCUCACCAGAUCCGAACCCCUGACUCGCUCUAUUUCCAACUCAGUUUCGCGCCUCCUCUGUUCCUACUCGACUCAGCAGCCCCGCGAAAACACCGUUACCGAACAAGAACACGCACCGAGCCUUUCUCACAAAGAGGAAAGCAUGCGAACCGAAGAACAAGAACAAGAACAAGAACAACAACACGACGAUGAUGAUGAAGAUGGCGAGCUUGUGAACGACGAGACCGGUGAGGUUGGUGGGCCCAAAGGGCCCGAGCCCACCAGGUACGGCGAUUGGGAGCGUAAGGGUCGAUGCUUUGAUUUCUGAGCUUUUUUUUUUCUUUCCAUUUUAAAAUAUUAAUAAUGAAGGCAUAAUAAAGUUAAUACAUUUCCGUUGGAUAUUGUGCUUGAUUUGCUUACUUCUUCUGAUGUUAUACUUAUUGUAAGAGAGGAUUAUGUAAUUUUUUAUUUUCUUCUCCCUAAUGAAUCAGUUGAGUGAUUGCUCUCAAUAGGAUGGUUAUGUAAUUUCCACGGGUUUGAAUGAACUGAUGAUUUGGUUUAACAAUGCAGAAACAUCUCAUUUUUAUUUCUAGCAACUGUAGAAGGCAUGUAACUUUAUUUAUAAUUGAGAUGGUCUUGUUGGUUUUACUAUUGAGAUGAAUAUUG